AUGGAAGAAGGGUUGUCGGGUUUCUGCAUUAAAGGGAGUGUUCGUGGCAGUGGGAACAACAACAACAACGGAGGCGGUGGAACAAAGUGUGGGAGAUGGAACCCUACGACUGAACAGGUUAAGGUUUUAACCGAGCUGUUCCGGUCGGGACUUCGAACACCCAGCACCGAUCAAAUCCAGAAGAUUUCGACUCAGCUCAGCUUUUAUGGGAAGAUCGAGAGCAAGAACGUGUUUUAUUGGUUCCAGAAUCAUAAGGCUAGAGAAAGACAAAAGCGUCGAAAGGUCUCCGUUGAUGAAAACGACAACAUCAACAACAUCAACACCAAGAUCUCCUCUUCGAAACGGUUUUUUGAGGUUAAGGAAUACCAGUCCGAUCAAAGGGUUAUUGAAACCCUACAACUGUUCCCAUUAAAUUCCUUUUACGAAAACGAGCAGGAGAAGCUGAGAUUCCAUGCAAAUGAACGUAGGGAAACUUCAUUUUAUACAAUCAAUAACCAAGAAAUGGAUUAUCCACCACUGGAUCUUCGUUUAAGUUCCCUGUAUGAUUUAGCCAUGAUUAGGGAUGGACGGAGGGUGAUAGUCGGAGGCAAUUGCUCCCUAAAAUUUUAA